GAAAUGUUUAACCUGUCAGCAAGUCAAAGUAGAACACAAGAGUCCCUUGGGCCUUUUGCAACCACUCGAGAUUCCGAAGUGGAAGUGGGAGAAAGUCACGAUGGAUUUUGUCACGGGGUUACCAAGGUCGUCUGAACAUCGCGACGCUAUUUGGGUCGUGGUUGAUAGAUUGACUAAGGUUGCUCAUUUUUUACCAGUAUCGAUGAAUAUGUCUUUGGACAAGUUAGCCGAGAUUUAUACCCGUGGAAUCAUUCGACUUGACAGAGUGCCUGUUACUAUCGUGUCAGACCGGGAUACCAGAUUCCCUAUUAGAUUCUGGGAGAGUUUGCACAAGGCGAUGGUCACGCGACUAGAGUUCAGUUUGGCUUACCAUCCAGAGACUGACGGACAGACCGAGCGGACCAUUCAGACAUUGGAGGACAUGCUUCGAGCUUUGGUUGUUGACAGGGGUGCUAAGUGGGAGUCGUUAUUGCCAUUGGUCGAGUUUGCUUACAACAUUAUCUUGCUUCUAUUCAAAUGGCUCCUUACGAAGCACUUUACGGUCGUAAAUGUCGUUCCCCUCUUUAUUGGGACGAU